UGUUACUGCGCAUGCGCUCAACCUUUAUCGUUGCAGCUUUUUUCUUUUUCUCUAAAUAAACUUAGCAGCGAGUGUAGCUAGCUAACUCACACACACAAGUUACACGAGUUGUGAUUAUGGCCAGAUACAUGAGGCCUCCAAACACGUCUCUGUUCGUCCGAAAUAUCUCUGAUGAGUCCAGGCCUGAGGAUUUGCGGCGUGAGUUUGGCCGUUAUGGGCCCAUAGUAGAUGUCUACAUCCCACUUGACUUCUAUACACGUCAACCAAGAGGAUUUGCAUACAUUCAGUUUGAAGACGUUCGCGAUGCGGAGGAUGCUCUUCACAGCCUCGACAGAAAGUGGGUGUGUGGCCGGCAGAUUGAAAUCCAGUUUGCCCAGGGUGACAGAAAGACACCGAGUCAGAUGAAAUCAAAGGAGAGGAGAUCUCCAGGCAGGUCCUCACGCUACGACGACUACGACCGGGACAGUCGACGACGCCGUUCCCGCAGCCGCAGCCAUGACCGAUACAGAUCCCGCAGCCCCUCAUAUGAGCGCCGGCCCCGACGCUCUGAGAGUCCACGAGACUCACGUGGACGGAUGUAUGGAAGAGGAAGAAGCAGGAGUCGUGAGGAUGACAGAUACAGGCCAAGACCCCGAAGAGAAUCCAGAGGGAGGUCUCGAUCACGCUCCAGAUCUGUGACUCCACAAGAGAACGUCCACCCGCCCUCAACUUCCCAUUACACCCAGGAGGAAGUGCGACGAACACAUUCCCCUUCCCGAUCCAGGUCCCGAUCCAUAUCAAGAUCACGCUCUCGCUCUCGGUCCCGGUCCCGGUCUUGGGCCGGACGCAAGUCAGGAGGACACUAGGAACUAUCUGCUCCCUCCUCUAAACCCCACGCCUGCAAAAAGGGAUGGGGUAUAAAUGGUUAAAACAUUGGUCAUCUGCCAAAAAAAAAGAAAUGGUUUGUUUGUACGAAAUGUUCUCUCUGAUUUUGAAAAGGGAUGAAAUUGAAUGUUGUGAUAUCCCACUAAACCAGGUGUGGAAUGCUUAUGUUUUGUUCCUUUGUCUUGAGAACAAUGCUGGUCCUUUGGUUUUAUUAAAUGUCUUUUGGUAAGGAGAGCCGCGGAAUAUCAGACACAUUUCAGCAGUUUCCAUGCUCAGGAGAAGUCCGCUGAGAGGAGUUUUCAUUGCCUUUUUUAUAUAUACAGCAAAUGUUGAGUUGGCGGGGCGUAUCUCAAAAGUUUGAAAAUCCAGUCACUUUUCAAGUGUUAGAAUUUUGUCUACCAAUGACUUAAACUACCACCUCUUGUUUAAAAUGUACUACAGUGUUCUGAUUUUGUGAUAUCAGUUGUUUUCUCUGAGAGUAGGUGCCACUUUUCUUCCUUCUUUUUUUUUUCUCUUCAUUUUGGAACUGCUCCAAAUACCCAGAAAUGUUCUGAAGAGCAACAAUUUUGUGUUUACGUGGCUAUAUAAAUGGUUUUCCAGAAUAAAUCUUGUCACUAUUUGCAUGUUUAAACCUCCUAACCUUUUAUCUUUAGUUAACUUGUUGAAAAAAAUGAAGACAUUAUUUUGAAAGUAAUAAACGGAUAACAUAUA